AAGGAACCUGUUGGGAGGAGCUCAGGAGUGCAAGAGGGCCAGAACAGACCUCGAGUCAGGCAGAUCCAGCUGGAGAGGCACAUCCUAGCAUCAACAGCACCAGUCAUGUUCAACUACUUAGCAAUAGAGGUGAGACCCCAGUUCCACCGCAGCUAUGGGGGCCAGCAAGGGGUGUCAGGGCCACUGAGGAGCCGCCUGGAGCAGCUGAAGAAGCCGUGGUGGAGGGAGCCCACCCCGCUGGUUCUGCAGCACAGCGAAACAGCCAGGCUCGCCAUAGACGCCUUCCUGGAGCAGGGGGAGCAGGGCUACCUGAGUGCCAUCGCCGAGGAGCGCGAGCUGCCUUUCCUUUCUCUCCUGGACAUGGAAUACAUGAGCCAGCAGAGGAGCCACGGCUGCCCGGGUCCCGGCGCGCUGAAGGACAGAGAGGCCGACUCUGCCGACGUGGACGCUGGGGACGGAGCCUCCCUCAACUCUGAACUGACGUCUGGCACUUACUUUCCACUCAUGUCUGACGUGCACCCCCCAGAGCUGGAGCUGGGGUGGCCGGGGAUGCCGCUUUUCACGGCCUCGUGCCAGACUGAAGCUACUGUCAUCUUCCAGAGGAACAAAGCCAACAGCAUCAAGGAUCUGCUGCGCUCUCUGAUCAGCCGGGCGCGGACGGUGAUAGCAAUUGUGAUGGAUCUGUUUACAGACAUGGAAAUUCUGUGUGACCUGCUGGAGGCCUCAAGCAGACGGCAUGUCCCUGUUUAUCUGAUCCUGGAUGAAGAGUACUUGAAGCAUUUUGUGGAAAUGUGCAAUAAAAUGUCUCUUACUCAGGACAGCUUCCCGAACAUGCGUAUAAGAUGUCUGAGUGGAGACACAUACUACAGCAAAGCAGGCAAGAAAUUUGCAGGCCAGGUUCUGGAGAAGUUUAUCCUAAUUGAUUGUGACCAAGUUCUUGCUGGUACAUACAGUUUCACAUGGCUUUGCAGCCAAGUCCACACCAGCCUGGUGACUCACUUCCGUGGUCAGAUAGUUGCAGAGUUUGACAAGGAGUUCCGGUACCUGUACGCAGAGUCCAGGGCAGUGACCAGCUUCUGUGCACCAGGUCCUGGAGCACCUCCCCCUGCUCAGAAUACAUCAAAGGUCACCAGCUCCCUUUUCAAAGCUGCACAGGUGAAUGAUGCCGAAACCUCAAGCCCCUCCAGCAGCCUUUCCAAUGUAAGCAUCAGAAGCAUAAAAGUGUCUCCCUUUCUGAAAAACUCCAGCUGCAACGUGCACCAGGAAAAGCAAGAUUCAAGCUCUGAUUCUGGUAAUAAGAAGGGGAAGGAAGAUGAGCCCCUGAAGCCCACUUGCCCCAAGCAGCAAGGAGAACCACCAGACUCACCGAACAGUCCUCCAAAUAAAACUACUCCAGCCUCAUAUCCCAAAUCCAACCUCAUGACAGCAAGGACAGCGCAGCUGGAGCCUUCCCCUGCCCUGAGCUCUGACAGACCCAGUUACCCAGGGGACAGCCAGGCUAACAGCAGCCACUGCUCCCCUCUAGGGCAGGAGCAGACGCUGCAGUCUCUUUCAGAGGGUGGCAGUGGCAACCAGACAUGCACGAAGCAGAAAGGGCCUGCUGCUGUCUCCAGGGAAGUGACAGCAGAAAAUGACAACACUUUUUAUGAGAUACAAAAAAGACAGAGUCCCAGGCAAGGCAAAUUGGACCUGCUAUCCCCAUACAAGAUCAAACAAGAUAAAGCCCCCGUAGUUCCUUGCUGUGAUAAACUCACUGAGGACAUGCUGAUGGAAAAGAACAGUGCUUACGGGGCUGAGAAAAGACUGACUCUUGGGCACAGUAAGCUGGAUCUGAUCACCAAGUACAACAAGUUAAAAUCCAAACACAUACACAGUAGGUUUGAACUCUAA